AUGAUGGCCGAGGAUGGGGGAAAUCUCGCCGGGGGCCCCGACGCCGGGGGCUCGGACGGUCGCUCCUCUCUGCCGAGGACUUUCAUCCGGCUCAACGACCUGUCCGGGCUCGGGACAGCAGGCGGGGAGCGCGGCGAGGUGGUGGUGGAGCCGGCGUCCCCGGCUCCGGACGGGAUCUCUGCAGCCGGGGAGGAAAUGUCGGCGAACGGCGGGGAAAGCCUGCCCUACCCCACCCUGGCCCCCGUGGUCUUCUUCUACCUGAAACAAACCACUCGGCCCCGGAGCUGGUGCCUCAAAAUGGUCUGCAACCCGUGGUUCGAGCGAGCGUCCAUGCUGGUGAUCCUGCUGAACUGUGUGACACUGGGCAUGUUUCAUCCCUGUGAAGACAUCAACUGUGACUCUGAGAGGUGCAAGAUCUUACAGGACUUUGAUGACUUCAUCUUUGCAUUCUUCGCCAUCGAGAUGGUGAUCAAGAUGGUGGCUCUAGGGAUUUUUGGCAAGAAGUGUUACCUUGGAGACACGUGGAACCGUUUGGAUUUCUUCAUAGUGUUGGCUGGGAUGUUGGAGUACUCCCUCAACCUGCAGAACGUCAGCUUUUCAGCAGUGAGGACGGUUCGCGUGCUGAGGCCGCUGAGAGCCAUCAACCGAGUGCCAAGUAUGCGUAUCCUUGUGACCCUGCUGCUGGACACCUUGCCUAUGCUGGGUAAUGUACUGCUGCUCUGCUUUUUCGUCUUCUUCAUAUUUGGCAUAGUGGGUGUCCAGCUGUGGUCUGGCCUGCUCAGAAACCGCUGCUUCGUCGAAGACAAUUUCUCUUUCCCUCUAUCUGUGGAGUUCGAAAAAUACUACCACACUGAAAACGACGACGAGAACCCCUUCAUCUGCUCUCAGCCCCGAGAGAACGGCAUGAGGGACUGUCGAUCAAUUCCCAAGCUGUACGAGGAGGGGGGCCUGGAGUGCACCCUGGAUAUUGACUCUUACAACAGCACUGACAACACCACCUGCGUCAACUGGAACCAGUAUUAUACCAACUGCUCUGCUGGUCUGAUCAACCCCUUCAAGGGAGCCAUCAACUUUGACAACAUCUGUUAUGCCUGGAUUGCCAUCUUUCAGGUGAUUACUCUGGAAGGCUGGGUGGACAUUAUGUACUUUGUAAUGGAUGCUCAUUCCUUCUACAACUUCAUCUACUUCAUCCUGCUCAUCAUUAUUGGCUCGUUCUUCAUGAUCAACCUGUGCCUGGUUGUCAUCGCCACUCAGUUCUCAGAGACCAAACAGAGGGAGAGCCAACUGAUGAAGGAACAACGAGUGCGCUUCAUGUCCAACGCCAGCACACUGGCAUCCCUCUCUGAACCAGGCUCUUGCUACGACGAGCUACUUAAGUACCUGGUUCAUAUCAUCCGUAAGGGGGCCAAGCAGGUGGCCCGUAUCUGCAGGUUCUUGGCCCGUCGUGCCGGGCUCAACAUCGCAGCCUCGCCCCAAGCCACAGAGAUCCAACGCAGCCACAGCCAGAGGAGAAGGAGGAAGACCUCCAGGCAGGGGUCUGUGUCGGUUCAUCACAUAAUGCACCAUCAUCAUCACCACCAUCACCAUCACUACCAUCUAGGGAAUGGUAGUGUGAGGGGAGGAGGGAGCGUCAGGUGUUUGGAGGGUAGGGAAGUAGAGCCUGGCGCUCAUAACAACAAUGGAGGGGCUCUUGUAGCAAACACUGGAAGUGGGCAUCUUGCUGUGGCACCACCCUCUUCAGUGACAGCAGCAACUUCUGAUAUGAACCUUGCCACUUUGUCCAGUCCUGCUGCUGAUUCAUCCUCAGUUUGCAGUGUUUUCAACACCAACCCAGGAAUGGCUCCAGGCUUCUUCUCCCUAGCUCCAGCUCCCAAGUCCAGGGCCAUUAAAAGGAACUCUGUGCCCUUUGCUGCUCCGGGGCCUAAGAACUACCCUACCCUCCAGGCUCGAGCUUUGGCCGAGUCUAGACGAGGGAGUGUUGCAACCAGCACCCUGAUGAACAUCAACCUUAACAUUCCACCGACGCCUCUGGAGAGACGGCCAUCAAGCCUGGUGGACCCACUCAGUCCAACAGCCCAGCUCUCCUGCCAGCUGUCAGCUCGUGACCUCAGCACCACCAGCAGCGCCAUGGACACAGCCGCUCUGACACUAGACCCCGAGAGCUGCCCCUAUUGCGCCAAGGCCCUGGCCAACGAAUCAGAGGGCGGGACUGAGGGCAAUGAGACACCUGGCGACUCAGAUAGCGAUGGGGUCUACGAGUUCACUCAGGACCUCCACCACAGGGACAGAAGAGACAGUCGGCAGCCCAAAAGGAAGCACCGCAGGCUGGGGAAAACAGCCGCCAAGGUUGUUCACUUCUGGAGGCUGGUGUGCGACACGUUCCGGAAGAUUGUGGACAGCAAGUACUUUGGCCGAGGGAUUAUGAUCGCAAUUCUGAUCAAUACUCUGAGCAUGGGGAUCGAGUAUCAUGAGCAGCCUGAAGAGCUGACUAAUGCCCUGGAGAUCAGUAACAUCGUAUUCACCAGCCUGUUCUCUUUGGAGAUGCUGCUGAAGGUUUUGGUGUACGGGCCCUUUGGCUACAUCAAAAACCCCUACAAUAUCUUUGACGGCAUAAUUGUGGUCAUCAGCGUGUGGGAGAUCGUGGGUCAGCAGGGUGGGGGUCUGUCGGUGCUGAGGACCUUCCGGCUGAUGCGCGUGCUGAAGCUGGUCCGUUUCAUGCCGGCCCUGCAGAGACAGCUGGUGGUGCUCAUGAAGACCAUGGACAACGUGGCCACUUUCUGCAUGCUCCUCAUGCUCUUCAUCUUCAUCUUCAGUAUCCUGGGGAUGCAUCUGUUUGGUUGUAAGUUUGGGUCAGAGAGAGACGGAGACACUCUACCAGACAGGAAGAACUUUGACUCUCUUCUCUGGGCCAUAGUGACUGUCUUCCAGAUCCUGACCCAGGAGGACUGGAACAAAGUGUUAUAUAACGGCAUGGCCUCCACUUCUCCCGUAGCUGCUCUCUACUUCAUCGCGCUGAUGACCUUUGGCAACUACGUCCUCUUCAACUUGCUUGUGGCCAUCUUGGUUGAGGGAUUCCAGGCAGAGGAAGUGGCCAAGCGGGAGGACUUGCAUGCCCAGCUGAGCCUCAUUCAGCUGCCUGUAGUUUCAGGGGGUGAUGCUUCUAAAUCAUGUUCAGAGAUCGAUUCCUUCGCACGAAGCAUGGAGGAUGUUAACGGCAGCAAGAAGGAUUUAUCAGCCUCUGCAGUAGUGCCUGUAAAUGGCCACGUGGACCUGAAGUCAAACCUGACUCCACCGCUAAUCACCCACACUGCUGCCACGCCCAUGCCCGUACCAAAGUUGCCCGUGGGAGGUGAAUCCAACCUGGGCUACGAGUCUCGUCGAGGCAGCAGCAGUUCUGCCGACCCAGCCUGCUAUGACAAAUCACCGGCCAGUGUCCGGAGCUCUUCUCCCUAUACACCAUGGAGCUCUGGUAGUGGCCGGACAAGCCGUAGAUCCAGCUGGAACAGCCUGGGUCGUGCUCCGUCAUACAAACGCCAGAAGAGACAGUCCGGGGAGCGACGGUCGCUUCUGUCUGGGGAGGGUGGCUCAAGUUCAGAAGACGGAGAAGGCGGAGAAGAAGCAGAGGCAGGAGGUGGACUGAUGGACGAAGAUGACACAUCCCUGGCCAGGACUGACUCCAUGUCCCAGUCGCAGAAAGGGCCCAGGCACAGGAGGAUGGAGUCCGUGGAGACUCGGAGUUCAAUGGAUUUGCCCCCGGAUGCUCUGCUUCAGGUGCCCUACCUGUACCGCUCAGCAAGCAUGCAUAGCUCCAGGCCCCCCUCCUUGAGCCACUUACGGCCCCCAGAACACAGUGACUGCAACGGAAAGGGAUCUCCAUCAGCCCUGGGCCCCACACACGUCUCACUGGAGGAGAACACUGAAGACGAGAACGUGGAGGAGGAGAUUAACCUGGGUCGUUUUGCCAGGCUGUUUCGCUGGCUGGAGAAAAAACAGCCAGAGUGGUGUAAACAGAGAGAUACCUGGUCGCUCUACCUCUUCCCUUCAGAGUCGAGGUUCCGGAUCCUGUGCAAUAAGAUCAUCACCCACAAGAUGUUUGACCACGUCGUGCUGGUCAUCAUCUUCCUCAACUGCAUCACUAUCGCCAUGGAGAGGCCUGGAAUCGAUUCCAGAAGUGCUGAGCGGUGGUUCCUGACAGUGUCCAACUACAUUUUCACAGCAAUCUUUGUGGCCGAGAUGACUGUAAAGAUCGUGGCUUUGGGCUUUUUCUUCGGGGACAAGGCGUACCUGAGGAGCAGCUGGAACAUUCUGGAUGGGAUGCUCGUCAUGAUUUCUGUUAUUGACAUCCUGGUGUCUCUCAUUUAUCGAUCGGGAACCAAGAUCCUGGGCAUGCUCAGAGUGCUGAGGCUGCUGAGGACCCUGAGGCCGCUACGCGUGAUCAGCAGAGCCCCGGGGCUGAAGCUGGUGGUAGAGACCCUGAUGUCGUCGCUGAAACCCAUCGGCAACAUCGUGGUGAUCUGCUGCGCCUUCUUCAUUAUCUUUGGCAUCCUGGGAGUACAGCUUUUCAAGGGAAAGUUCUUCAUUUGUCAAGGAGAGGAUAUAAGGAACAUCACCAACAAGUCGGACUGUUUGCAGGCCAACUAUAAGUGGGUCAGACACAAGUACAACUUUGACAACCUGGGACAGGCCUUGAUGUCUCUCUUUGUACUGGCGUCAAAAGACGGAUGGGUAGACAUUAUGUACGAUGGACUAGAUGCUGUAGGAGUUGACCAACAGCCCAUAAUGAACUACAACCCAUGGAUGCUGCUCUACUUCAUCUCCUUCCUCCUGAUCGUUGCCUUCUUCGUGCUCAACAUGUUUGUGGGCGUGGUGGUGGAGAAUUUUCACAAAUGUCGGCGCCACCAGGAGGCCGAGGAGGCCAAACGCAGGGAGGAGAAGAGACUGAAACGCAUGGAGAAAAAGAGACGGAAUUUAUUGGUUCCGGGGGUGAGUUGGGCCCUCUCUGACGGCACACUGAAAGAAGCUCAGAGUAAACCCUACUACUCGGAUUACUCCCCCACCCGCCUUCUCAUCCACAAGAUGUGCACCAGCCACUACCUGGACCUGUUCAUCACCAUCGUAAUUGGGCUCAACGUCAUCACCAUGUCGAUGGAGCACUAUCAGCAGCCUAAGGAGCUGGACGAAGCACUGAAGAUCUGUAACUACAUCUUCACUCUCAUUUUCGUCCUGGAGUCUGUCUUCAAGCUGGUUGCCUUCGGCUUCCGACGCUUCUUCAAGGACAAGUGGAACCAGCUGGAUCUGGCCAUUGUGCUGCUGUCCAUCAUGGGCAUCACUUUGGAGGAAAUUGAGGUCAAUGCUUCCCUGCCCAUCAACCCCACUAUCAUCCGCAUCAUGAGAGUGCUGAGGAUUGCACGAGUAUUGAAGCUUUUGAAGAUGGCGGUGGGGAUGAGAGCUUUGCUGGACACCGUUAUGCAAGCCCUGCCUCAGGUGGGCAAUCUGGGUCUUCUCUUCAUGCUCCUCUUCUUUAUCUUUGCAGCGCUGGGAGUGGAGCUGUUUGGUGACUUGAUUUGUGAUGAACGCCACCCCUGUGAGGGUCUGGGGCGCUAUGCUACAUUUAAACACUUUGGGAUGGCCUUUCUGCUGCUCUUCAGAGUUUCCACUGGAGACAACUGGAACGGCAUAAUGAAGGAUACGCUGAGGGACUGCGCCCAUGACACAAGCACCUGCUACAACACUGUGGUGUCUCCCAUCUACUUCGUCUCCUUUGUGUUGACCGCUCAGUUUGUCCUGGUCAAUGUGGUCAUCGCAGUCCUGAUGAAGCACCUGGAGGAGAGCAACAAGGAAGCCAAGGAGGAGGCGGAGCUAGAGGCGGAGAUGAUGGAGUUGGAGAUGGAUGGGGGGGACACAGCAGCAAGGUCACCCCAGCUCAACCCUCUGACACUGGGUAUGGACAGGUCAAGUUCUGGGGGUUCCCCUUGGAGGUCCCCUGGAGGAGUGGAUACAGAGCAGGAAAGGGACGGUCCUAUGGACUCACCCACUGCUGAUAUAACCAGAGACUCUGUAGGCAUCAGAGCAGAAUCCCCUCCAUGCACAGAGCCCCAACUGGAGUUUGUCCAGCGGAGGGCACUGUUUGACUCGGUCUCCCUGGUCAUCCAGGGCUCAAUGGAGGGGGAGAUGAGUCUGAUGGACAACCUGUCCGGCUCGAUCUGCCACUACUACGCGCUGCCCCCCAAGCCCAGCAAGCACAGCACCGACAAGAAGGCAGAGCAGCUCGGUCCCGGGGCGCCUCGGGACGACAACCUGUUGAGCGUCAGAAAGCCUGCGGUGGGACGCACGCACUCCCUACCCAACGACAGCUACAUGUUCCUCCCACCACAGCCCUUUGGGCACACGUCUCCAACCCCAGCACAGCCACAGGGGCCCCAGCACAUACUGGGCACUCGCAGAGCUCAGUCAGGCUCCAGUGGCUCAGUGCGUUCACAACCAGAGGAGUUUUCCCAGAAGCUAACUGUUCCCACAGACCUCUUCAGACCCAUCAGCCCCCACAGCCACUCAGACUCAGAGAGUAUACCACGAAACCCCCCUUCCAGACGCACACACACAUUUAGCCGCACGCUACGCAGACAGGUUGCAGUGUCUACUGAUUCUCAGGAGGCCCUUUGUUCCGGCGUGGGGGAAAGCAGUGAAGGACUUGUGAAUGUGGCCUCUCUUGGCCUCCCUUCCCCCUCCCCCUCCAUCUCCUCUACCUCUCCUUCUUCCUGGUCCUAUCAUCAUCAUCAUCAUCAUCCUACUCCUCAACAACCAGCUCUGUGCCUGGUCCCCGCCACGCCAGGAGCCUCCCCCAAACCACUGCGCCCCAGCACAGUGCACACCCAGCACCACGACCAGCACUGCCUCGCCUCCUACUCCCCCUGCCCUUCUCCUCCUCCACCCUUACCUGCCAGGCCGCCCCAACCAGAGGAGGCAUCAGAGGAUCAGGAAGUGUCCCUCAUUAACCAAGCAGGGUUGGCCAGCAGUGAUGACAUCAUGGCCGAGGACAGCAGUAGCAGUGGCGGUAAUGAGGGUUACGGCAGCUACGUGGGCUGCCAGGAAAAUCGGAGUCUGUGUUUGAGGCAGCUGAAGAGGUUCCACAGUGCUGACACGCAGGGCCGCAGCACCCUGUUGCCCCGCCCCCGCCCUUACUCCUGGUUGGACGAUCCACGACGCCACUCUGUAGAAGUAUGCUCCCCGGUGGAUUCCAGCCCUCAGUGCAGCACCAACUCCACCUCCUCCGGCUUUGUGUCUCAGGCUGACAGCCUGCAGAUUCAAACACAGAUCCCCACUCAGACCUCCCCCCGCCGCAAGAAGAAGAUGAGUCCACCCUGUAUAUCCGUGGAUCCUCCCGAGGGACUGGAGCCCCAGUCUGGCCUCUACCCAUGCCUGGGUGGGCUCGGUGGCAUGGGGCUGACUGGGUUAGGGAUGCCCCCUCCUCUGCCCGGCCGGGAGACCUGCCUGAGGAGGAGAGCACCCUCCAGUGACUCCAAGGACUCCUUUGACCUGGUUGGAGAGGGUUCAGGACAGGACGGAGGCUCGCCAAACCCCAACACCAACUCCAAGUUAUUAACUCUUCCCAGUUUCUCCUUUGAGAAGACGAGCUCUGAGCACUGAACACCAAUACUCUGAACACACACACGUACACACGCAGCCGGACGAACCCUCCACACACAUAAACACACGAUGCACUCUGUGUGUCUGUGAUGGUGAUAGUUCUAGUAAUAAUGCUGUAGAAAGUAAUAAUGGUAAAACUACAACAAACAGUAAAAACAUCCUUGGUUUCAUAAGGAGUGCAGUACUGUAGUAGUGUGACCAUCCCUCGUCUUUGUAUUGUUACUGCCAAAACAACCAGAGAAGAAGAGAACAACAGCUACUUCUCUGGCUGCAGCUUGACCCCAUAACCUCUGGCGUGACAUCAGCACCUGGGUUAGAGCGCCCUCUGUGGUUGCCAUAUGAACUGCCUGGUGUUGCGCGGAGUGGACCUGGUCAGUGGAGGUACAAAGCAAUAUGAACGUUUUAGAGACACUAUUUUCUUAAAUUAUUGGCCCACAGUGUUUGUACAGGAUGUUGUUUUUAAUUUCAUUUAACUGUUAUUUUCAUGUCUUUUGUGAUUUUUCUCUUUUCUUUUCUUUUUGGUCCAAAAUGGUUUGUCUUUGUCUUUCUUUUUCACCGUAGGAUAUUUCUAGCUUUCUUGGUUUACUAAGGAAAGUGAACGUUUUUCAAAGUGGUGAAAACCAUGUAUUUGUAGUAAUAAUAUAUAAAUAUAUAUAUAUAUAAAAAAAACAAGUCAUUAAA